GUAGGGAUGGCGGAGGGGCGCGAGGUUUCAAGAUGGCGGUGGUUGGAUGGUUGACCGAAAGGCCGAGGUGAAGGCCCCUACGAAGUCAAACGGGCCGAGAAUCGUCCCCUCACCGCUUCUCACAGCCCCAGGAGCCCAGCAGAAGCGUUUUAGGUUUUAUAUUUUAAACAAACAAGUAAAUCAAACAACUUGUCAACAUGGGGCGGAGAUCCACGUCAUCCACCAAAAGUGGAAAAUUUAUGAACCCUACAGACCAAGCCAGAAAAGAAGCUCGGAAAAGAGAAUUAAAGAAGAACAAAAAACAGCGCAUGAUGGUACGAGCUGCAGUUUUAAAGAUGAAGGAUCCCAAACAAAUUAUCCGGGACAUGGAAAAAUUGGAUGAAAUGGAGUUUAACCCAGUGCAGCAGCCACAGUUAAAUGAGAAAGUGCUGAAAGACAAGCGUAAAAAGCUACGUGAAACAUUUGAACGUAUUCUACGUCUCUAUGAGAAAGAGAAUCCAGAUAUUUACAAAGAAUUGAGAAAGCUAGAAGUAGAAUAUGAACAGAAGAGGGCUCAACUUAGCCAGUAUUUUGAUGCUGUCAAGAAUGCCCAGCAUGUGGAAGUGGAGAGUAUUCCUCUGCCAGAUAUGCCUCAUGCUCCUUCCAACAUCUUGAUCCAGGACAUUCCACUUCCUGGGGCCCAGCCACCCUCUAUCCUUAAGAAGACCUCAGCCUAUGGACCUCCAACUCGGGCAGUUUCUAUACUUCCUCUUCUUGGACAUGGCGUUCCACGUUUGCCCCCUGGCAGGAAACCUCCAGGUCCUCCUCCGGGCCCACCUCCUCCUCAAGUCUUACAAAUGUAUGGCCGCAAAGUGGGCUUUGCCCUAGAUCUUCCUGCUCGUAGGCGAGAUGAAGAUAUGUUAUAUAGUCCUGAACUUGCUCAGCGGGGUCAUGAUGAUGAUGUUUCUAGCACCAGUGAAGAUGAUGGCUAUCCUGAAGACAUGGACCAGGAUAAGCAUGACGACAGUACUGAUGACAGCGACAGUGACAGAUCAGAUGGAGAAAGUGAAGGGGAUGAAUUUGUACACCGUGAUGACACUGAGAGAGAAAACAAUGAAGAAAAAAAAUCAGGUCUGAGUGUACGGUUUGCAGAUAUGCCUGGAAAAUCUAGAAAGAAGAAGAAGAAGAACAUGAAGGAGCUGACUCCUCUCCAAGCCAUGAUGCUUCGAAUGGCAGGGCAGGAAAUCCCCGAGGAGGGCCGAGAAGUCGAGGAGUUUUCAGAGGACGACGAUGAAGAGUCGGAUGAUUCCGAAGCAGAGAAGCAGUCACAGAAGCAGCACAAGGAGGAGUCUCUCUCUGAUGGCACGUCUGCAGCUUCCCAGCAGCAAGCCCCUCCACAGUCUGUUCCUCCGUCUCAGAUACAAGCACCCCCCAUGCCAGGACCACCUCCGCUUGGACCGCCACCUGCUCCACCUUUACGGCCACCUGGACCACCUACAGGCCUUCCUCCUGGACCACCUCCAGGAGCUCCUCCGUUCCUGAGACCACCUGGAAUGCCAGGGCUCCGAGGGCCUCUACCCCGACUUUUACCUCCAGGCCCGCCACCAGGUCGGCCGCCUGGCCCUCCUCCAGGCCCACCUCCAGGUCUGCCUCCUGGCCCUCCUCCUCGGGGACCCCCACCACGGCUACCUCCCCCAGCACCUCCAGGUAUCCCUCCACCCCGUCCUGGCAUGAUGCGCCCACCUCUGGUGCCUCCUCUUGGACCUGCCCCACCUGGGCUCUUCCCACCAGCUCCCUUACCCAACCCGGGGGUUCUAAGUGCUCCCCCCAACUUGAUCCAACGACCCAAGGCGGAUGAUACAAGUGCAGCCACCAUCGAGAAGAAAGCUACGGCAACCAUCAGUGCCAAGCCACAGAUCACUAAUCCCAAGGCAGAGAUCACACGAUUCGUGCCCACCGCACUGCGGGUGCGUCGAGAGAAUAAAGGGGCUGCUGCUGCUCCCCAGAGAAAGUCAGAGGAUGAUUCUGCUGUGCCUCUUGCCAAAACAGCGCCCAAAUCUGGCCCAUCUGUUCCUGUGUCGGUGCAGACUAAGGAUGAUGUCUAUGAGGCUUUCAUGAAAGAGAUGGAAGGGCUGCUGUGACAGCUUUGGAUGCUAGAUUAGGCUUCUGUUCACAUCAGUUGUUCAUGGAGAAAGAGGCUCUUACUCAGCUUAGGUGAAAGAGUUGCUUUCACUGUCAGGGUAUUUUUAAUUUCAGUUCAAGGAAUAUCCUAAAGUUUAGCCUUGUUCAGAAUUUACUGCAUAUAAAAGAGAGGGUAUUUCAUGCAAAAUAAAUUGGUUAUUGAAGCAGUGCUGCUAAUAACAUCCAUCCCCCUUCAUACCACCAUUUUCAUCCGGUUUCUUCCCCUACUCCAAUUCCUUGGAAACUUGUGAUCAAGGGGAACUUUGUUUUGGCUCUCUUGUGUGCUCUGGGCACUGGAGUAGAGAUUUCUGGAAAAACCAGUUUAUUUCACCCCCAUCUUGCCUUUCAUGUUUGAGUUAUUUUUAAUAUUUUCUUGUAAAUAUUUUGUAAUAUUGUAGUGAAAUGGAUCACAAUGUCAUUUCCUAAUACAAAGCGAUAUAUGUGGGAAGAAAAUGUACAAUUCUUUGAUUAAAAUUCCCACUGAUCUAAACUUUGAGUGUUCCAUGGAAUAAAUAAAUAAAUGUUCUACACCAAGA